UGGGCCAUCUGCCAGAAUGAGCGGCCCCCGACUCUGGCCUCUGGGGUGGAGGAAGCUGUAACCACAGGAAUCCUUGGAUUUGGGACAGACUGGCCCAGGGCCCCCAAUGUCAGCCGCCCACCUGGGAGUAUGGGCAGGGAGGAAGAGGAGGGAAGAGGGGCAGGAGGUGAGGCUGGAAUGAUCGUUAUACAGUCCAUCUAUGCUCUGGUAUGCCUGGUGGGGCUGGUGGGUAAUGCCUUAGUUAUCUUCGUCAUUCUGCGCUAUGCUAAGAUGAAAACAGCCACCAAUAUCUACCUGUUGAACCUGGCCAUUGCUGAUGAGCUCUUCAUGCUCAGCGUGCCCUUUGUGGCCUCCUCUGCUGCCCUCCGCCACUGGCCCUUUGGCUCUGCCCUCUGCAGGACUGUGUUGAGUGUUGACGGCCUAAAUAUGUUCACCAGUGUCUUCUGCCUGACAGUGCUCAGUGUAGACCGCUAUAUUGCUGUGGUGCACCCCCUGAGAGCUGCCACCUACCGAAGGCCCAGCGUGGCCAAGCUCAUCAAUGGAGGAGUAUGGCUGGCUUCCUUGCUAGUCACUCUGCCCAUUACCAUCUUUGCAGAUACCAAGCCCACUCGAGGUGGCCAGGCUGUGGCCUGCAACCUGCACUGGCCUCAUCCAGCCUGGUCUGCUGUCUUUGUGGUCUACACCUUUCUCCUGGGCUUCCUCCUUCCUGUCCUGGCUAUUGGCCUCUGUUAUCUGCUUAUUGUGGGCAAGAUGCGAGCAGUGGCCCUCAGGGCUGGCUGGCAGCAGAGGCGUCGAUCAGAGAAGAAGAUCACCAGGCUGGUGCUCAUGGUGGUAGCUGUCUUUGUGCUUUGCUGGAUGCCCUUUUAUGUGGUACAGCUGCUGAACCUCUUCAUGCCCAGUCUGGAUGCCACUGCUAAUCACGUGUCCCUCAUCCUCAGUUAUGCCAAUAGCUGUGCAAAUCCCAUUCUAUAUGGCUUCCUCUCAGACAACUUCCGACGUUCGUUCCAGAGGGUGCUCUGCCUUCGUUGUUGUCUCUUAGAUGCUGCUUCCGCUGCUGAGGAAGAACCUUUGGACUACUAUGCUACAGCCCUCAAGAGCAAAGCGGGAGGGUGCAUGUGCCCCAGUCUGCCCUGCCAGCAGGAGCCUGUGCACCCAGAACCCUGUGGAAAGCAUGGCACCCUUACAAGGACCACCACCUUCUAAAGAGUAAAUUCCUGCUUCUUGAUCCCACCUGUCAGCCAGACCUCUUUUAGUCCCUAAUCAUCAUGCAGAAACCAUCACCUUCCAGAGACCAUCCUCAUCAUUUCCUGCCAAACUGUCUCCUCCUUGAACAUCCCUCAAGAACCUUGGACUUCUGGAGUGGCCAGUCUUUCCAAGAAGAUCAUCUCCUUUCCAGGUGGACAUUGUCAUCUUGCUCCUGUAUUGUUCUCAAGGACACCUGCACCCCACCAAGCUAAUCCUUUCCUCUCCCCAGAACUACAGUUUGCUAAAAGACUUCUCCAUGGGGUAGGACUCACUCAGUGCAUGGACCAUGACAAUUACCAUUCCUGAGCCCUUGGAGUUUUAUUUUGUUUUUUUGCAUUUUUAUUGGGGUGGGAGAAGGGUUAGGGGGAAUUAGGGAGUGCUGUCUUUGUCACAUGUUUCUCCAGCUUUCCUUUAGGAAAAAAAAAAUAGAAAAGACAGUCAGGAGUCAAGAAAGGACCUGACCCCAGAUUUUGUCCUCAAGAUGGGAACUCACCCCUUUCUAUAGGCUAUUUCAUUCUUAUUGCAAUUGAGGUACAGUGUGAACUAUGUACAGAAAAAAAAAGUAUCCGAUGUCUCAGAAUACUCCUUUACUUUUUGUCUUUAGCUCUGUUUGCCAAGUAGUAUUUAUUUACAGCAGCCUAGGAUGUUAUCUUGGUCACUUCUAGCCUUGACAAAUAGUCAUAUAAUAAGUGAUAUCUGCAUUACAUCUGCUCAGUAACAGGUUCUUUGUGUGUAGAGCCAAGUUUGAAGACAUGUGUUGUGGAGCUUAAUGUAAGGCACAAAAUCUGGUCAAUUAUAAAAAAAAAAACAACAAUAGAGAGGGUAAAACCUCACCCAGGUCUUGUGCUGUCAUUUAUUUGCCAGUGUCCCUUUUAUGUGGGAGCUUGCCAUUCUUUUUGGGUAUACAUUUGUAUUACUGCAAGGAGAGAGUAGCAGUGGGGAUGGGAAGGGAAAAUUCAAAUAGAAAAAGUCAUUGUUUUUAAGAAGGGAUGUAAAUGUACAUUUAGAAGGCAAGCUUAUCCUUUCCUCUAUUUUUUAAAGGCCCCAGAGCUCAGCAAACCAUUAGAAAUGAUGUACAUAAUAAACCAUGACUCUAGCCUGAGGUCUAAGACUAAAAAGACAUAAAGUCUUUCCUGCUAACUAGCUGAUGGAUGGUUCUUACAAUGGAAAAAGGACAAUUUAUGAGAAGUUUCAUUUCUGCUCAUUUUCAGAUGAAGAGAUGGCAUUGUAAUAUCUGAUAAUUGUUCCUUAUCUUAGAAGUAAUAAUAAAAAUGUUAUUGAAUAUGUA